AAUAACUUGUAGACAGUGCCCAUAAUCAUAGGUCUUUAUAAAGUACAAACUAUUAUCUUAAUCUUCAAGAAUGCUCAUUUUGAUAUCUUUCAAAGUCUUGGAGAUAUGUGUGGUCAAAGUAGGGACCCUUGAGAUUGCGCCGUACAAAGUGAAAAGUCCUCUUCAAAAACCAAUUACAGCCACUAAUGUAGAUUUAUGUUUAAGUACUCGUGUUUCUUGACACUUGACAAACGACUGGCAUGUUGUGCAAAAUAUCUGUGGUUCGGGUGUCUUUUAUGUCAUAAGUAAGGUCAUAAACAAUGCAAGCUUUAACUUUUUCCAUAUAUCUCCUUGUCUUGAAUUUUAUGUCUGCCUGUUGCUUGGGAACUUUCCUGUUUCUGACCUGAUCGCUUUCAAAUAUUUCACAUUCCCUUUUAAACCUGUUGUGCUAUUAUCCGCAUUAAACCAAUUCAACACUCAUAGGAAUGCAAAGCUAUUGAAUUCACUCUUUUCAAGCAGGUUUAUCAUCUGCAUAAAGUUGUCCCCAGGUUACCGAGAACUGUGAACAAGAAUAGAAAAGUGCUCACCUUCAGCCGGUGAAGCAUGAAAAUCCCAUCUCCCACCUAAAAACUACUCCUGAGGUCUUGUGUAACUAUUCACUCUACUGUCCAAAACCACCGGGACAUAUGGACAAACAUCAGAUGGUUCGUAGCCUUACAUGUCUUCACUCUUCCAUCUUACUUCACAACAAAACAAAGUUAAUGUUAUUUAUGAUGCCCCUUCAGUGUGAAAUAAUAAGACUAUUAAAGAAGAUGAUGGAUACCAAAAUAUACACAAUUAUACAUGGAAAUAUCUUCAUCACCCGAAGAAAGUAUUAUAAUAAUAGUAUAUAAAAGUCAGGGAAAAAAAGAACAUGUAUAAGUCUGCCAAACUCAUUUAAUCGAGCUGUAGGAUGGUGGCCUGACAAGCAAAGGAAGGACACAGUACAUAAAUUUCUUCAUUUUGUUACGGUAUACAACAUGGAGUCAAGAUAAAGGGGGAUAACAGCAGUCAAUCACACCGGCGGACUUCACCAACGCCCUCCCGUUGCCCUCCAGGUGCAGUCAGACCUUACAACAGAAACAUUUUUCUACCCGACGACAACACCAUGGCUAGCGCUGCACCUCCUGGGUAUGCGCCGAUUUCGACAUCCUCCACAGACCAGACUGCGUUUGGGGUCAUGGGACCCGGUGAUACCUCAGAGGGUUCUAACCUCCCCAAAAGAAAUGAUGUAGUAAAUACUACACCCAAGCAAAUAGAGAUACAAAUGGCCCAGCAGAUGGCAUAUGGUCCUAGAGUGGUGGUGACUGUAACCGAACCUCCCACUCACUGUGGCCUGGUGGUGUCUGUGCUGAGCUCCAUCUUCUGUUGUAUCAUUUGCGGCUUCACGGGAAUGGUCUUUUCGUGGAAGGCUCGCAUGUACGUCCUCAACAACAAACUCGAGCACGCGCGCCACUCACUCGUCAUCGUCUGGAUCCUCCUUGGCUUUGCCAUCUUCUUUGGUAUCAUCACCUGGAUAGUGGUCGUCAUCUAUUGUAUCUUCGGAACCAGAACUUUAUUUGCCACCAGUCACUGCAACAGCAAUGGUUGCUAUUACAGUGACUGAUUAUGUCUUCGUCAUGAAGUGGCAUACAGUCAGUUAUGACAUUGUUUCCAUGGCAUGUCAGAAUUAGGUACAGGAGGUGGACUACUAUACUUCAGCUGAGCCCCACAAGCAAGACAGCUGAGACCUUUUUUAUCAUUUUUUAUAACAUCUUUUUUUUUCCAAAUUUUUUUAUUUUCGAAAUACAAUAGUAGAAAUUAAGGCCACUUGACAUAACCUUUGUUUCAUUCAAGAAAUUAAUUUUUAUUUCAUUUUGGAGCAAACGUCUGGAAAGAUACACUAACGAUCUUUUGCGGGGUGUGUAGCAAUAUAUCACCAAUGUUGUAAACUGAAUGACGGUUAGAAUUCACCAACUCUAAAGAUAGAAGAUGACAUAAGCAACUAUUAAUUUACACUGAAAGUGCCAGAAUUUCCAACAUACAAAUUUUGUUUUUCGCUGAUCAUAUCGUCAGUAUGUUUAACAAUUUGAGUAGAUUAUUUCUUAAUAAAUUUCUUUCCAAAA